UUGUUUCAGAAAAGCGAGGUUGCCCAUUUUCUCCACGUCAUUGGGCAAGAAUUAGAAAGAAAACUCAAACAAGCAGGAAUGGUUACGAGUUCUGUUACACUUAAACUUAUGAUACGCAGUUUCGAUGCUCCGUUUGAAACUGAGAAGUAUCUUGGACAUGGGAAGUGUGACACACAGAAUAAAACAGUAGCUUUGGAUCAUCCAACCGGGUGUGCACAGAAUCACUACUCAGACCGAAUCUGCUUCCAUCCCGAAGAAGCACACGGCUCCAUUUCUCAUCGGUUCGUUCGCUAUGCUCCUGGCACCACCCUAAACGGUCUCACCGAUUCGCGAGGGUCAAAGGAACACAGGAUACGACUCUUGGACCUUGCCGCCGUCUUCUCCGGGGAGUGCGAACUUAGUAAGUACAUUAGAGCCUGGCGGGCUAAUCGCUGCCGUCGUGGAUUGUAA